UGAAAACGUUUUAUAUUUAAUAUACGAGCGUCUAGCUACAAUAGGCUUUGUACGCAAAGACCGUAAAAUGAGCAGAAUUAUUUAGUAACGAGUUAAUGAUAACUUAGAACAAAGCGCUUUGGUCUCAACAGCUUGUGUAGCUACGAAACGCAAACGAACCUCAUCAUAGACGGGAAGGGUUUAUCUGAGAUAAUGUUCACACUCUCCUCUGCCUAAAGGGAGAAGACGCUCAGAGAUGUCGCGAUGAUACGAAGCUCUUGGGAUUAAGCAGACUCGGCGGUGACGCAAAACUGCGCACAGGCUCAAAAAUACAUUUUUUGAACUGAAAUUUGUAAGGCACGUCUUUGCUUGUUUCCACGGUGAAGGUUUCAGACUUUUUAAAACUCCUGUCCCAUCUUGACGUCUGCCUAAUCCUGUUCGCCAUUAGCCUGCGUAGCAAGCGUUUCUGUGGAGUUUCAGCAGGAGUAGAGAGCGAGCGAGGAAUAUGGCCGCGCGAAAAAUGAAUAACAAGCUAAAUAUGGGAAUUCGAAUGGCGCCUUGGACUCUCUCAGCCACGCAACGAAAGUGAAAACAAUAUUCCACAGGAAAUAUCCCUUCGAGUUCCAUUGUAAUCCCGUAAAAGCUACUUAUUAAUUAGCAAACAAGAGAACCUUAGCAUACAUCACGUCUUCGGUGAAACCUGCAUGAGCACCUCAGUGCCAGUGAUACAUGGAUUAGUACAGAACAACAACCGGUUAGCGUGUAACAUGCUAUUCAACCUUAAUGCAUCUGAGUGGUGAUCCACUUCACGGAAGCUCUACAUGCGAAGACAAAGUAGUGGGAACUUUCAUCAUUGAAAGGGGUCAAGGGUAGAGGUUGUCUUGGGAUUGAUCGCGAUGUUUCUAGUGGAUUCGUAAGUGGACGCAGCUCGCGGUAUUCGCGAUCUUCUGUAAGGCUACGAGGACAAAAAAAGAACUAGUUGAACAAGUACAUCCGCGAAAACAAAACAUUGCGCAACUGAAGAAAAACAAAACAAACAGUGUUCAGUUCAAGUCAGAGAAAAGCCCCUGUCGACGGAGUACAAGUGAUUUGUCAAAUAUUCUUUGAGUGUAUGGGGUAUCUGAGGAAACUGUUCACGCGCGUCUAACAUAAAUUUUAUUCAAACUGUUUUUAUCGCCUUCGCCUGCGGGUAAAACACAUUCAAGAGAAGGGAAGGUCUUUUAGAUGUAGACACAAUACUAGCGCUUGCGAAGGUCGAAGUCAUUUUCUCCAUAUAAUAACUUUGCAAUUUAACGGCUCGGAAGCAAUUACGUAUGCCAAGAACCAAUCAAAAGUUUGUAGUAAUCGGUGGUUCGAGGAAAGCAAUGAUACAAUUACAAAAAGCCUGUAGGUUGAUCAAAGCGGUGGACUAUUCUUGCUUCGUCGUAUUUUACAGGCCGACUACUGAAAUCUAGAGCGUUUUCCAAUAACUCAUAAUUUGUAAGUGGCUUGAAGGGGAGAUAGUGCGAAGGCCAAUCACAAAGUGAGAUACGACAUUUCGAUAAAAAAACAAAACGAGAUUGAAUACGACAAUUUCUUCGGAAUCUCAUCAAACUGAGCGCAAGGGGAAACGUAUCGAAAAGCGCCAUUUGCAAAGAAUGCGCAGGUUUUUUGUUGUUAAAAAGCGUCAUUUAACAUUCGUCCCAGUAUUGGCCACUAAAACGACAACAGAAUCGGCUUGUGACUUUUCGAAGACGGCAACACACAGACAUCUGUAAAAGACGAUUGCAUUUGAUUGGAUUGGAUUGGAUUGAGAAGAUAGGAGGGAUAGGCGUAUAUCAAAUGAGUGAAUACGAUAUAUCAGUGGUUCUACCACUAAGCAUCCUUGCUAUACUAGUGAUCGUGGCAAACACAGGUGUCUGUGUACUAGUGUACAAGGUCAAGACUAUGCGCACUUAUACUAAUGGGUUCGUAGCGUCCUUAGCUGUUUCGGAUAUCCUAACUGGCAUAGGCCUCUUCCUUCAGUACAACGUGGAGUUACAAAACCAGUCCAAGAUUGCUUUGAACAUCAUAUACGCGCUUGUGCUGUUCUGCGGAGUAUCCAACUUAUGCGCCGUGACCUUCGAUCGCUACCUUGCAGUGUUAAAGCCUUUCAAGUACCAGGCGGUCAUUAGUAAGUUCUUCAAGGCCAUAAUACCUGUUAUAUGGCUGGUCUCGUUGGCGAUCGCACUUCUCCCAGCAUUGGCAUGGCACGGCGAGGUUAAGUCCCUUGUUAACAAAGUCUACAUCUUCAUCACGUUCAUUGUCUGUGCGAUUCUGCCGUUCUUUUUUAUCAUGUACGCACAUGUGAGGAUUUAUAUGUCGGUACAUAAAUGCGUACAAAAAGAACGAAAGCUUAGCUUGUGUGCGACGCAGGCGGCGACCCAAAACGCACGUGAACGACGGCGCCAAAUGCGCAAACUAUCGUCCGAAGCGAAAGUAGCGAAAGUGUUCGCUAUCGCCGCUAUCAUGUUCAUUCUAAGCUGGUUUCCUGUACUGUUCUAUACCAUCGCCGCCGCUGUGGAUAGAAUAGGGGUUGUUCCGCCGUGGAUCUUUGUAAUAUCGCCGUUUACGCUGGCUCUAGGCUCGCUUGUCAAUCCUGUCUUGUACUCGUUCAUGAAACCAGACUUUAGGCGUGCCUUGAAGAAGAUGUGGGGACGGAGAACAAUUGCCAAGAGUAGGUCAAGCUUUCGCUCAUAUCGCUCGUCAAAUGUACCAAGUGUCGCAGACCUGCCUAACGGCCAAUUGCAUCACGGAAACCAUAAUAUUAAUGGCCCGUUGUUCCACGGAAAUAAUAAUGAUCUAAAUGGCCAAGUGUCUCAACGGAAUAACUACAACUACAGCGAGGACUACCUGCAUCAGUGCGAUGGCUACCAGCUCCGAGACGAUACAGAGCCCAUCUACCCGGCUUUCGAGAGUGCAGUAUAACCAGACAACAUCGGGUUUAUCUAAGCCUACGACACACUAGGCGAUUUUGUACGUUCGUAUGAGCGAAUUUCAUCGCCGUAUAGCCGGCAAAUUAGAUUUGACGAAUCAGACAUCUAGAAUUCGCUGCCGCGGCAGCAGACAGACCUGGCGAUCAGCCGACGAAAUUCGCUCGCACAAGCGUUACAAAAUCACCUAGUGUGUCGUAGGUUUCAAGGUCAUUUGGUACCCUGUAAUAAUGUUCUAUAGGUCUAUACUCCCAGCGAUGGCUACAAACAUCGGGAUGAUAAACACCCUAUCUUCCCGGCAUUCAAAAAAGCAGCAUAACCGCGUGACGUCUAUCUAAAUAGGUCAUGAGGUAUCGUCAGGCCCAGCACUAGCUACAAGGACCACUUAAACAACCGGUGAUUGUGGUAAUACACGAGAUGCACGGCGUGGCGCUUCCAGGCGCCACGCCUUACAUCUUUGGGGAAGGACCCGUCAAUUAAAAUCAUCGUAGGCUACCCCCGACAGUUUGGCAGUGUACAUAGGUGUAGACAACGAGAGGAGGAGGAGUUGAAGAGUUUGAAUUUACUACGAAGUUUUCAAAUUUAGCUAUAAUGAAUUUUGGGCGGCGCCUGUCAGCCUUCCUCUCCACCUCCCCCGAUACCGCCACCGGUGCAAUACGAGCCUUGCGCAGCAUUACGAGCCGUACGCAGCAAUACGAGCCGUACGCAGCAAUACGAGCCUUACGCAGCAAUACGAGCCUUACGCAGCAAUACGAGCCUUACGCAGCAAUACGAGCCUUACGCAGCAAUACGAGCCUUACGCAGCAAUACGAGCCUCACGCAGCAAUACGAGCCUCACGCAGCAAUACGAGCCUCACGCAGCAAUACGAGCCUCACGCAAGGACAGGUUGACCCAAAAAUGCUGGCUCUAUAUGAUCGCUAGCGAUCGCUUAGGCACACGCGUUUCUAUACGAACAUGUGCGAGACCAAUCCGCGAUCAGUUGCGAUCGUACGGUCAAAUUAGCUGCGAUCGAGAGCGAUAUUUUACAGUUUUACUAGGAGGAGACAAGGCUGUGAUUCUUGCUUUGUUAAUUAAAAAAAAUAAUAUUAAAAUAACGAUUAUCAAA